AUGUUCUCCCGACAAGUCGCUCGAUCUUCUUCUGCCCUCGCUAGAGGGUUCGCUUCUUCCGCCAGAUCUAACAGGAAGGUAGCUGUUCUCGGUGCUGCUGGUGGUAUUGGUCAACCCAUGUCAUUACUUCUCAAGACCGACCCUCUCGUUACCGGACUUUCGCUUUACGAUAUCAGAGGUGCUCCAGGUGUGGCUGCUGAUAUCUCUCAUGUCAACACUCACUCCGAGGUUAAAGGUUACGAGAAGGAUGACAUCAAAGCUGCCCUUACUGGUGCUGAGGUGGUUAUCAUCCCUGCUGGUGUACCCCGAAAACCCGGUAUGACCCGAGACGAUCUUUUCAACACCAACGCUUCCAUCGUCAGAGAUCUCGCCGAAGCUUGUGCCGAAUACUGCCCCAAGGCUUACAUCGGUAUCAUCUCCAACCCUGUCAACUCUACUGUACCUAUCUUCGCUGAGGUCUACAAGAAGAAGGGUGUCUUUGACCCUAAGAGACUCUUCGGUGUCACCACCCUCGACGUCGUUCGAUCCUCCCGAUUCCUCGGUGAGAUCAAAGGUGCCGACCCCAAGGACAUCAAGGUCACCGUCGUAGGUGGUCACUCCGGUGCUACCAUCGUUCCUAUCCUCUCUCAAACCGCUCAAGGUAAAGAUGUCUCUGGUGAGACUUACAAGAACUUGGUUCACCGAAUCCAAUUCGGUGGUGAUGAGGUCGUAAAGGCUAAGGCUGGUACUGGAUCCGCCACCCUUUCUAUGGGUUUCGCCGGUGCUCGAUUCACCAACUCCCUUAUCCGAGCUCUUAACGGUGAAUCCGGUGUUGUCGAACCCACUUUCGUCAAAUCCCCAUUGUACGAAUCUGAAGGUGUCGAAUACUUCGCUUCAAACGUCGAACUCGGUCCCGAAGGUGUCAAGAAGAUCAACCCUGUUGGUGAAUUGACUGCUGAAGAACAAGAAUUGCUCAAGGCUUGUCUCCCUGACCUCGCCAAGAACAUCAAGAAGGGUGUCGAGUUCGUUAACAAGGCUUAA